GAAGAAGUUAAGAGACAGUAUCAUCUACAUGACUUGAGGAGCUGUACAGUAAUGACCUGAGCCGCCUCCUGUUUCAGCUCUUGCCCCAUGGGAGAAUUUGGAAGAGGUUUCAGUUCCUCAUUCCCCAAGGCUGGUGGAGGAGUGUCAGAUCUCAAGAAGUGCCAGAAUAGGACGGAGGGUCUGGAGAGAGAACGUGUUAAUUAGCCCUCAGAUGAUCUUCCUUCUUCAUCUCCUCAUGACAGUAGCCAUCCAAGAAGGCCAUGCCAGGACUCAUUCUCUACGAUAUUUUCGCCUAGGGGUCUCUGAUUCUACCCAAGGGAUUCCUGAAUUUAUUUCAGUUGGCUAUGUGGAUUCUCAUCCUAUCACUUCAUAUGACAGUAUCAGAAGACAGAAGAUGCCCCAGGCUUCUUGGAUGGAGGAAAAUUUGGGAUCUGAUCACUGGGAGAAAUAUACUCAGCUUUUGAGGGGCUGGCAGCAGACAUUUAAAACGGAGCUGAGGGUCCUGCAGAACCACUACAAUCACACUGGAGGAUUUCACACCUACCAGAGGAUGAUUGGCUGUGAAUUGCUAGAGGAUGGGAGUACCACAGGAUUUCUCCAGUAUGCAUAUGAUGGAAAGGAUUUCCUCAUUUUCGAUAAGGACUCGCUGUCUUGGAUUGCCGUCGAUAAUGUGGCUAGACUAACCAAGCAGGUCUGGGAGACCAAUCUGAAUGAGUUACGUUAUCAGAAGAAUUGGCUGGAAACAGAAUGCAUUGCCUGGCUAAAGAAAUUCCUGGACUUUGGAAAAGAUAGCUUCCAACGGACAGAAAACCCACUACUCAGAGGAAGCUGCAAAAAGUCAUCUCUUGGGAUUACAACUCUCAUCUGCAGAGCCUACGGUUUCUAUCCCCCAGAGAUCACCAUGACCUGGAUAAAAAAUGGGGAAUUGAUAAUCCAAGAAAUUGAAUAUGGAGACAUUCUUCCCAGUGGGGAUGGAACCUAUCAGACCUGGAUAUCAAUAGAGAUUGAUCCUCAAAGUAAAGACCAUUAUUUCUGCCAGGUGGAACAUAAUGACUUCCUUAAGGUCCUCCAUGUGCCAAUUGAGCCAAAGACCAUUUCUCCAUUUGUGGAAAUUAUUUCUGGAUUUACUGUCAUUGUCUUAUUCUUGAUUGGUUUGGGAAUUUUUGUUUACAGAAGAAAACAAUCAGGUAUCAAAGAAGCCAAUUAUAUUCCUACACCAGUUAAGUGAUUUGAAUGCUACCUUUGUAUUCCUCUUUGCUUCCAGCCAUCACAGCCUCUUUUACAUAUGGACUGGGAUAUAGUAUCAGAAAAUACCGGACUAAUCCUUCCCAGAGAAUAUUGGAAAGAGGUGGUAUGGUACAACUGAUAGAGCACCAAACUUGGAGUUAAGAAGAUUUGACUUCAAAUCUCACCUCAGAUACUUAUUUGUUAUGUGAUUCUGGGCAAGUCACUUUUACCUCUUGAUGCCUCCAUUUGCCUGUCUGAGAAGAUUAGACUAAAGGUGUGAAUAAGAGAACUUCUUUGAGCUCGAAAUCUAUGACUGUGAUAUAAUAGAAAUUUUUGAGACAUUGGAUUGAAAUCCCAUAAUUAUCUGCUUAUAUCUUAUCCAAAACUUAGAUCUCUGAAAUACUGCCAUGUUAGAGUACUCUAACAAGUACUUUAACAACAGUAAAAUUU